CAGAAAUUGACUGAUGGUGCGGAAACCUACUGAGCCCGAGACAUUCAUCAAACUAGCUUUGCUGUGCCCUGAAGACGACGUUGGUGUGUCGUGGUCAAAUGAGUAUCCUAUGUCAAGUAUUGCUUCAGUUGUGGAGCGUUCGAUUGCCUGGUCGGCCGGGUUGGUACCGGGCAUGAUGCUGAAAGGGGUGAAGGUAAAAGGCGAUACAGCUUUCGAGACAUUGGAUGGCACCUCUACGCCCUUCCUCACAGGCCCUGGAGUGUAUCCACGCAUACUCGUGUUAAAGUUCACGGCUGGAGCAUGCACGGUCGACAACAUCAAACAAUCUGCGCGAAUUCGAGCGAGGACCUUGGCGCAAAGAAACAAGAUAUGCAAGCAACUUGGACCUGUGUCACACGCCGAAGUCCUUGUCGAAGCGCAAAAGACGGUGGCGCGUCAGUAUUGGAUCAUACGGUCGAGGAUGGCCAAAGCGGAAAAAGCACUGUUACCUUCUCAGUUUACUCAGCUGCCUGUGGCGACGUCUGCGGCCACUGCGUCGAACGAAGAAAUGUGUGCAGCACAAGUACUGAAUGCAUUGCCCCUUCAUUCGCCACCACCGGGGAAGAAGAAGCGCCUGCGAAGUAACGAAACCUCUCAAGACACCAGCUCAUCAGUGCGACUGAGGGCGGUGACGCAUCACCAACAACACCACACACGCAGCGAUGACAAAACCACAUCGUACAUAUGACCUUAUAACAAUCACACGGAAUCAAAUCUAAUACAAAAAUCCGAUGCCAUCGGAGUAAUACACGUG